GGCGGCCAUCUGCGGUACCAGGUGGCAACGCCAAGCGAGUGACAGCAAAAAAAGCCGCAAGCAGAGUGGAAUUUCGCGAAAAUUGUAGUUAUUUUUGUAUUUUUAGAAAGCUAAACAGAAGUUUAAUCACACAACAUGUUGAUCAAAGUGAAGACGCUGACCGGCAAGGAAAUCGAGAUCGACAUUGAGCCAACAGAUAAGGUGGAUCGAAUCAAGGAGCGUGUGGAGGAGAAGGAGGGCAUCCCGCCCCAACAACAGCGUCUGAUUUUCUCCGGAAAGCAAAUGAACGAUGACAAAACAGCGGCUGACUACAAAGUGCAAGGUGGCUCUGUCCUUCAUUUGGUUUUAGCUCUGCGAGGCGGUGAUGGCUUGAUAUAUUAAUGAAAUCGGCUGCUGAAUCUUAGUGAAUUGGUAUAUAAAAAUUAAUUGAUAAUUCCCCCGGUCGCUGCGGCACGGGUUUUCAUUUUGUACAACCACUCUCCCAUAAGCUAAUAAAACCGCCAAUUCGGUACCUGUACAAUCCUUUCCGAUUUGGCUCUAAACUAAUGAGAAUUAAGAUGAUUAAUAAAAAUCAACAACUGUGUAAUUCGCAAGAAAGCUAGAAAA